UGUCCGUUUUGACAGGUGCCCGUCGAAUGCAGGUAGUUGCAUAAGCAGUUUUCACUGUAUAUUACAUGAAGAGAUAUUUAAUUUAUUUGAAGGUUAUAGUUUAUUUUGCUGUGUGAUUUAAUGAAGAAAGAAAUAUUGAUAUAUAUUCAAAUAGCCAUCAAAAAUAGUAUGACAAAUGAGUAAUUCAGGUUUAACUUGCCUGUAUGGUGGGUUAAAUUUCAGACCACUGCCAUAAAACAAAUGUUUUUUUUUUUUUUUUUUUUUUGUUAGUGUAUAUGAAAACUUAAACUUAUGUUUAUACUAACAUUCUAUAGUGCUAGGCCUAAACAUUGAAACAAAAGUAAAAAAAUAAACACUCCAGAAAUCUCUUUAGAGCAAGCUCUUCUGAAAAUAUUAAUGUGAAUAUAAUUGAAAAGUGCUCUAAGGCAAAUUGCCUGAAAGUGAGACAACACACUAUGAUAAACAAUGCAGAAUACGAGCAGCAGUGAUUGUGUGAUUUUGGAUGGAACUCCAAAUCAUUCCUCUUCUAUUUCAGUACCAGUGUUUAAAACAGCUGUUGCAAAUAAUGCAAGUAUAUCUUCAUUAGAGGAAAUGGAAAUUGAGGAUAUAUCUGCAGAAGUAAUUCAAAAAACUCCAAGUCCCCUCUUAUUGCAUAACAAUAAAUGUCAACAGAUAGCUGUAAAUAAGGGAUUGAAACGGACUUGUCUAGAAAAAGCUUUUUCAACAAUGACUACAUCAUCCAAUCAUUGUAUUAGUGAAGAGUGCCAUUCUGAUAUUCAGAAUCGGGAAAAUGUUUGUCCAGAAUAUAAUAGUAUUAAGUCAAAUUUUCUAUCUUCUUGUCCUAUAACAGAAAUAAUUAUGAAUGAUUUCAAGCAAGAACAAAUAAACGGAAAGAUUUUAAUCCCUCCUAAUGAAAAUCAUUCAAUUGAUUCCUCAUCAAAGCAGUUUAACAAUAAAAUCACAAGAGACCUUGACUCUUAUGACAUUCCUUCACACAAAACUGUUUAUCCUCAAAAAAGAAAUACAUUAGAUAUGUAUGGUGAUAGUGAUCUUAGUACUGAAGAUGAUUUAUAUGAAGCUGAAAAAAGAGAGAAACAUCUGAGUAGAGCUAAAUUGAAUCUAAAAUUGAAAGAUAAAAAAGGAAGGAGAAAAUGUAAAAGUGCUAAUGAGAAGAAAAGAUAUUUAAGUUAUUUUGACUCUGAUUCUAGCCCGAAUAGACUAAAUGAUAAACCUGUGAAAGAAAGAAAUUCCAAUCAUCUUUCUCAUAAUGAUUCUUUUGAUUUGAUUGAAUUGCCUUCUCAUUCAAAACAAAUCCAAGACAUUUCUGAACCAUCAACUAGUAGCAGAACUUUAAAAAAUAAAUUAAAAUCUUCAAAAUUUAAUAAAAGUAAAAGCACUCAUGGCAUUUCUAAAACAUUUACUAAACAAUUAAAAGAUAGUGAUACUGAUGGAAUAGCAUCUUCGUGUAAAAGUAAUAAAUAUGAACGUAAACACAACUCAUCCAAAAAUAAAAGUAUCAAUGAUAAUUAUAAAAAUUUAUUAACAUCUACCUCAAAUAGAAGUGAAACUACAAAAUUCCGAAGAAUUCAGCCACGAAGAGGAAACAUUGUGAAAUAUCCAGUUGAAGAUAGUGAUAGUGAGAUUGAGUUUGUUGAUGCAAAAUGUGAUGUGUCUGAUGUUUCAGAUGCUAAAAGAAUAUCUAAAGUAAAUUCAAGGAAGAAAGCACAGAAUGAAUGGAGUGUAUCAGAAUGUUAUUUAGACGAUAGCUGUAGUGAUAUGAGCAUCAUAAGUGAAAUGCAUUAUUCUCCAUCUAAUCAGAAUUGGAGAAAUAAUGAUUCUCCUGAUCCUGUGGAACAAGUAAGGCAAAUGGAAGAAGAUGAAAAAUUGGCUUUCAGAUUGCAGGCUCAAUAUGAUGCAGAAGCAAACCUUAAUAGUAUGACUGAAAGUGAAGACUUUGAUUUUGAAUCAUCAUUUUUUUCUGGUCUUCACAUGGAUAAUUUUUCAAAUUCUAGUGACACGUCAUCAUCAUCUACAACCGAAGGUGGUUUUCCUUUUGUUUUGCCCUUUUCUCCAAAUUUGCAUAGAGUUUCAAAUAAUUCAUUUGUUUAUGGUGUAGAGAGACCAAAUGAUAGAAGAAGAUCUCCUCGAUUACAACAGUCAUUCAUAGAAUGGAUACCAGGUCGCAUUCGCAAUGUUUUAUCAUCUUUAAUGCCAAAUUUUGCAGAUGAUGACUAUGAGACUCUGUUACAGUUGACAGAAAAUAUCGGUGAUGAAUGCCAAGGAUUAAAAAAACAACAAGUUAGCAGUCUUCCUACUAGAAAAUAUUUUUCAGCACAAUCUUCUAAAUCUACAGCAUCUACUAGUGAAACAUCUCAGGAAUGUAGGGACUGUACUAUUUGUCUAUGUGAAUAUCAAAAUAAUGAUCUUUUGCGUUUACUACCAUGUUCUCAUGAAUUUCAUGCCAAUUGUAUCGAUAGGUGGUUAAAAUCUCAUCGAACAUGUCCAAUAUGUAGAGUUGAAGUUACAGUAAAAAGACAAUAUGGAAAGAAAAGAAAAACUUAAUUUAAAGAAUUAAGCUAAUCAAAAUUAUAAAUUUUUAUAAUUGGAAUUUUCAAUGGUAGCAUUUUUUUCUUGAAAUUUUUUUUUGUUUUGUUUUUAAAAAUUAAGAUUUAUAUGCAAGAAAUGACUCAGAAAUGAAGAUAUAGGAAAUACAGAGUGCAUUUCAUGAAAUUUGUAAAAGAAAUUGAUAAGUGAAGAGGAAAAUAUAAAGUUUUGUUUUUCUCUGAAAAAAAUGGAUAUAUUGAGUGGUUUUUUACAUGGUAAUAGAUUUUAAAUACUUAAUAUUUUUGCACUAAAAUUAAAUUAACACACUCAUUCUUGAUAUGCAAAUUUACUAAUGUGUUUAGUAAAAUGAAAGUACAGUAUUUUAUUAAAGAAAAAUUGAAUGCAUAUUACAAUACUUUAAAAGCAAUAUUUCUAGUAGAUAUAUCAUUUAUAUCAAUUACUAUUUUGAAAUUAUGAAAAGAAGUAACCUAUGAUAUUGGUACAUUAAGUUCCUUGUAAACACAGAUGUUUUGCCAUUUUUGCAAAGAAAGAAGUAAUCUGAUAUUUUUUCACAAUUAAAGUCAAAUUAUACAUUACAUUGAAAAAUUGCUAGCUGAGUUCAGUGCAGUUUUAAUGAAGUUACCCUUAUUAAUUCUAUUAAUGUCUUGUCUAAAACUAUUAAGUUGCCAGCCUGAAAUAAAUA